AUGGAUGUUCAAGGGAAUGUCCAACCCGAGCGCGUGCGCAAGCGUCGCCGCCGCACAAUGGCGUGCACGCAGUGUCGCACGCGCAAGUUGCGAUGUGAUCGCGAGUAUCCCACUUGCAGUCGCUGUUUAAAGAGCAGAACUCCGAGCAAAUGCACAUAUGAGGAUGGCUUUUUAUGGCAGCAGCCCACUACUGUUCCGACUACGGCAUUUGCUGCCGACCGAGGGUCUGCAUUAUCUAUGCCUAGAGAUACCCCAAUCGAGACACCUCCGGACUCGGGAAUACCUCCAGUGUCAACUCGGUCGGAACCUUUCCCCACUAGUGAUACACCUCGUCUGGCUAUGGCCGGCGGUCCAAUGCAUCACAAUUAUCAUGGUCUUACGGGACAUGCUCUUGCACCGCCAUAUAGAAGUCGACCACACGACAAAGAGCGGAAGGACUGCUUUUUGGAGACUGUUCUCGGGGCUCCUAAGGCUGCUGUCAAUCAGGAACCCUACGUGAACGUGGGUGUUUUACAGCGUCCGAAGCGUCCGGCGCCGGCUGAGCGGGAAAUGCAAGCUCCGUCGCAGGCCGACGAUGAGCACAUUGAUGAAGAAGAGGACCCGUUGUUACCUACGGACCAGCUCGACCUUGCUCCUCGCAUGAUGAUGAGGGGCCGUGAAACUCAAACGCGGUUUAGUGGAUCGGGCAUCUUUGCCAGUUUAGUAGCACAGUUUCCGGAUAUAAAAUCUUUUGCGGAAGAGAUCAAGCUUUCUACCCCGAUCUUCGCGCAACUUCAGCCGGACCUGAGAAGGGUUAAGCGCGGGCUAUUGAAACAUAUGGUGCUCAGCAGGCCCUUCCCCGACCCUACGACGGCUUCGCUAAUUAGCAUGCUGCCCUCGCGCGGUGUGGUCGAUGAGCUUGUUGGGUUGUAUAUCACUUAUAUCGAAUCCACUCACCGCAUUCUUCAUGUUCCAUCCUUCUUACGAGAGCUUGACCAAUUCUGGGCCAUGCGAGACAGCCCGGCCUCAAUAUCUGCUGGCUUUACAGUUCAGGUACUGUUGGUCCUUGCUUGCGCGUGGAACCUUGCGGAUUUUGCUAGUCUGCAGUCAAAAAGUUCGGGCGAACUCAAGUGCCAGUCUGCAGUGGAGUGGACGCUCCAUGCAGGGAAAUGGAUUGAGAAUCUUCACACUAAGCGUCCAGAGAUCACAUCAAUGCGACUCUCUAUUCUGUUGAUUUUAGCGCGCAAUGCUCACGGAAUGAGACGUAGCCAGGCUUGGCUCGCAACAAGUACAUUGGUCAAGCAAGCAAUGAUGGCAGGGUACCAUCGCGACCCAAGCCGAUACGCACGGAUCUCUGUAUUCAACAAAGAAAUGCGACGGCGACUGUGGACAACCAUUGUGGAACUGGACAUACAAGUUGCUCUUGACAGGGGAAUGCCACCGUCAGUACAAAGCUUCGACUAUGAUGCAGCUCCGGGGAUGAACAUCUACGAUGACGAGAUCCACGAGAACAGCACCGAAGUUCCCGAAAGCCGGCCAUUGAGCGAAGUUACCGACUCAUCGUUCCAGUCUAUCCUGAGUCGCUCGUUACCUCUCCGCCUUCAAGCAUGUUCUCUCAUGCAUUCGCCACGGAUCAGCUGUCGAUACGAGGAUAUUCAGCGCCUGGACAGUGAGCUCAACCGGCAUCUUUCUCGGAUUCCUGCAUGGGUGGCACCAGACCCCAACGACAUCGUCGCCCAACGCAAAGUAAUGUUGUGGAAAGGAUUGAUCGAGACUAAGCUUUGCCAGUCUUUACUGUCUGUCCACACCCCUUUUGCCAUUGAAGCACGACGAGAAUCACUCUUUGCUCCCUCCGCGCGUACUCGCAUGGAUGCCGCAACCAGAAUACUGUCAACCCAGGGCCGGUUACACCAGAUCUCGCGAACGCUCUCGUUAUGUAUGCUUGGCGAAUGGACUAUCCAAGCCUACAUUUCCAUUUGCCAAGUGCUACACACAACCGAAUUCGACACCUGUAAGUUUUUCCUAAUAUUCGGUACUUCACUAUCAGAGCUUCCACUGAUAACUUGCAGCUCCCCCUCCUAUCCCACCUCCUCGACCUUCGUCCUCCAUAAUAUACCCGGUAUCCCCGAAUCGCUCAUAUCGCUCGUAGAAACAGCCCUGAUCGCACUGGAAGAGCGCUCCCUUUUGAUGACCAAGGGAGCAAAGGACUAUUAUUUCCUCUCAACGAUCGUCGCACUAGUCAAAUCCCGACUCUGGCCGUCACAGGCAGCUAUAUACAAGCAACAAGUUGUCGAGCGAGUCCUGUCAUUUGCGCAGAUUCUCUUCUCUCGACACAUGCACUGCGACCACCUCGGCGACAAGGGGAUGGGCAAUUUCAAGAACAACCAGGUAGCUGCCUUUAUGGCGGCUCCAACAAUGGCACCAGUGAUGCAGCCCGAAUUUGAUCCCAAUGGGAUGCAUCCGUCGCCGCAGCCUGGCGCCAUACCGCCUGGCGAGUUCGAUCCUUUCUUGGAGAUCUUCGAUUGGGAAGAUCUGACAAGCAUGACGUUUCCCUGUUGA